AUGGCUCUACGCUCGCGUGAAUUGUGGGCCAACAAGGCUAGCCUUGGAGUCGGAGUUGAUGACGAAUGGGCCGAGUGGUUUCCGCCGGAGACCGUCGCUGUGUUGCAAGCUCAGGCUGCGGCAAUCAACAUCAACGCAGGUGCCGGGUGGGUCCCCGCCGCUGAUGAUCUCCCUGCAGCGCAGAAGCGCGCACUUCGCACGCGGGUUUUCUUUGAGUACAAGUUCCUCGGAGUUAACCCCCACCCGGGCAGGAUCCGCACCCUGCUGCGUCAGUUGAUCAUCUUCGGCAUUUCAGACAUGGAGGACCUCGGUCGCCACUACGGGUCCUUGACGGACCUACAGACCAUUGGCGUUCCUAACCAGGAAAUCACCACGAUCCUACGUUUGAAGGAGGUGGUCAGUGAGUUCAAAAACAACGAGAAAGUGAUCGAAACUCGUGCGAAGAAAAAGCAGCCGAUUACGAAGAUCGACCUCGCGACGCGUCUGGUUGAGACAGGCUGUAACCGCCUACCGCAGGCAGUGCAGCCCGAUGCUGAAAUGGUCCGGGUUUUCUUGGUGAAGAAAGAGGAAGGGCGGAGUUCUUUCCCGUUUCUGGAAAUCAAAACCGAGCCGUGGCUCGACGCUACGUGGAAGAUUGGCAACGGUGACAUGGGUGACACGAUCAAGACGGACGCGAUGCUGGACAUCGUUCAGUCCUUCGAAGGAGGUGAGUCGGCUCCUGAGACCGCCGCGCAGAAAGUGGCCCUUCAAGCGACGGCGAAGCUGAAGAAGUUAAAUCUCGGCUUCCAUGUCCAUUCCGCAGCACUCCAGCGCCUCCUGCUCACCGCCGGGAUGUGUGGCGUGUUCCGUCCACAUUUCGUGGCGCUCGUUGUGGUUGGGUAUGCUGGUGUCCUGGGUCAUAUCGCCUUGCAUCACGGCGUGAGCCUGGCGAAGGAAUACGACGUGCGGCUGCGUACGAAGCUGGGGCGCGCCGGUUUAAUGACCGCGGAAGUACUCGAAAACUCGUUCAUGCGUCGCGACCAGGAGAUUCUGGACGAUCUCGCGAACGAGAAACGUUUCGAAACGAAGCCUACCAACCCGAUCCAGAAAACGCCUGGUGGCGGGGGAGGCCCGGCGGGAGGUCCGCCACUCAAGAAGCCCAAGUCCGGAGCCCCCAAAGGUGGGCGCGGAGGUAAAGGCUUGCUGUAUGCGGAUCUGUGGCAACCCGGUUACAAUUCCUUGGCGGGUUAUGCGCCUUAUCCCGGGCCGCCACCACCGCCGGCUAGCGCGCACCCGGCCCCAAAUAAUGGAGGGGGCCCGCAAGGAUUUCCUCCUGGUCAGAAAGGACAGCCUUCGCACUCGAAACCGGUGGGCAAGCCACCGGCACCAGCCCCGAAAGCUGGGCCUGGGCAGCCUCAGUGUACUUAUCAUUUUCGCUUUUACCUCAACAGUACUACCUGUAAAAUUUAUUUCGACUUUGUGACGGGUACCGUCUUAGUUAUAUCUGCUCGAUGGCUACCCAGUGGCCAAAAAUAGCACGGGGACGCAGCUACGCACCUCGGGGCGCGGCGUUUGUGUCUACGUACAUAUCUUUGCCAAGUAUCUAUUUGACAAGAUCGUGCUUCUUAACGCAGCCCAUCAGCGGCCCGGCUUGGUCUCCGUCGCGUCUUGAGGAAGCCAAGCGAACCACCGGGCAUGCGCUCUGGUUUCUUGUUCCGUUGAGUGUGUGUCUACAUGGGUGCUUCUGCCAAAGACUAGGCUACUCUGGUAUGGCCCGGCCUGACUGCGUGGCGCUCCUCGGGGAAACUAAGCGCGCCAUCGUAUGGGGACGCUAGCGCUUCAUCUCGCGCCUUGGUUGCUCGAGAUGUUGCCCUAACGUCCUUAAGCGGGCCACGCCUUACGAGGACGUUGGGCCCUCUUGUCGCGCCAUGGGUGCGCGAACUGAGGGCCUAACGUCCACGACGCUGCCUUCCUGGAGCAAUGCGUACCGUUGGCCAGCGGGCUCUCGCAAUUAAGGCGCUACUUCGCGCCCGGGGUGCGCCCCACGCCGCCUCGACCAAUAACUUUGCACUCAGAUACGAUUCCAGUAGGCAGCGAGCCUGACUCCGCGAAGGUUGCCAAAAGCCCCUAUUGCCGCGUGAAGGAUGGCGCGGACGUAGGGUGGACAGGCAAGCAGCGUGGCAUCUAUUGCACUAUCGCGUCGGGCUUGGAGCCCACAGCCCAUAUUGACGCUGCCCUCGACCUGGUCUGUGUCGUUUUCGACGCCAACGGAGCAGCACCGCACGAGCUAUGCGCUGUGGCGGACGAAAUGAUGAAGGGCGAUAUCCACACCGCGCAGCGACACCGUCGGGAGACGAUCGCGAAGUAUCGGCAACGGGCUGCGGCCAUGCCUUUCGACCCCGCUAAAGAUGUCGGGGUGAAUUCGGAACUGUUGUUGCAUAUGAUGCGAGACGCCGGCUUGUGUGGUCUGGAGGAGGUCCCGGACCUGAUCAAAGGACUGCGCUCGCGCUUCCCGAUGGUUGGGAAGCACGGGUACCCAGACAUCUUCGCUGCAGACGAACGCCUCGAGUUCUCGAGCCCUGGGAUUACGGUGCGGGAGCUGCUGGACUCCCAGGGAGAUGUUCGUCGGCAGGCUGAGAGGGCGCUCCUACAGGAUUCCCAAGAAGCGCGUGAUUUCAUCUGGUCAUCUUUACAGGAUGAAGUAGCCAAAGGCUAUGCCCAAGAAGUUGAUGCAGCAGCGCUUGGCGAAUUGCCGUGCGUCUUUUUCAGGCGUUUCCACUGUAAGCAGUUGAAAUCGGACAAGGCGGGCUGGAUAUGGAAGAGCAGGGCCGUCGAUAACGGUCGCACGGCUCUGAUCAAUAAAGCGAGCCUUGUCUAUACCCCGAUCAAGCUGCCAACCGUGGACUGGUAUGCGCACCUCCUCGCGAGGUGCGUCGGAAAGGCACAGGGGCGGCCUGUUGGCUCCAUGAAAGCGGACCACUCGGAGGCGUAUCGCCAACUGCGUGCAGAUAACUCUGUGGUGGCGCGACUCAUUAUCGCAAGGGACCCCGAAGGAUGCCUCCGCUUUUUCCUCGCUGACAGACUGUUGUUCGGAGAGGCACUUUCGGUCUUGCAUUACAAUGCCCUCAGCGUCACGCUAACUAGGGUGGUCCGGAGACUCCUUCGGACUCCGUUGCUGUGUUAUUAUGAUGACUUCAUAGCGCCUUGCUUCUUGGAAGAUGAGACAGCCCUGGCGGACCUGCUCGAAUUCCUCGGGCCCACUGUCUUACACACCGACUUCAACCCGGAAAAGACGGAGCGCGGGGCCGAGGUGAUCUACCUCGGGCUGGUGAUUCGCGCCCUUCCGCUCGGCGUGGCGGUUAGUGUUAGCGAGCACCGACGGGAGAAGCUGCGGCACUACGUUGAGGACCACCUGCAGAGAGACGCCAUGUCGCCCGCCGAGGCUCACACUUUGGUGGGGAAACUCGGCUUCACUACUUCCGCUCUGUUCGGGCGAGUGGGCCGCAAAUACCUUGGGCCACUGUACGCAAGAGCGCACCAGCGGCAACCCUUCCCCGGGUUUCCCCUGAAUAAGUGCCUGCGCCGGGCCCUCCUGUGGUGGCAGGAAUUGCUGCAAAAGGACCUUGGCGGAAACGUUUGGGAACGCUUCUUGCCCGCUUCCGUCGAGGAGCAACCGCCGCGCAGGAGGAUCGUAUAUACGGACGCGUCGGAGAUUGGUUUUGGUGGGCUAUGCUUGGACCCUAACUCACCGCAAGCCAAGUACUUCCGCGUCGACGUCCCCAGGUGUGACCACCUUAGCAUCGCAUACCUGGAGGCGUUGGCGCUUAAGAUCGCAGUGGAGGUCUUCGACCUCGACGGGGCCCAGGUUUUGUUCUUUGUUGACAACAACAACCUGCAGGGGAGCGUUACGCGGGGCCGUUCGCGUCACUUAGGGGUCGAUGACGUCAUCGGUGAGAUAUGGAAGCUGUUAGCAAUGAUGCAGACACACGCGUGGUUUGAGCGGGUCGAUUCCCGCUCGAACCCGUCUGAUCCAUGCUCGCGCCACCGCGGGCCGGAGGUCAAGGAAACCGAGGGCCUCGGCCUAAUUGGUUGGUCAGUAGUAACCGCUUACAAUCCCCUCGCGCUUCUUCCCAGUCCCACCUUUGGGGAAGUUCACUCAUAAUGUCAACCUCUUUCAGGAGCUGCAUGCGAGGAGCUGGGACGCCGAUCGGCAGCAGGAUAGUGCGGCUGCGGACUGGCUACGAACCUACCACAGACGGCAUGAUGAGUCGAACCCGCCUCAGCGUUUUACUUGUUUGAGUAUGGCUCCUCCGUUGAUGCAUCUUCGCCGCAUGCCUAUAAGCAUGCGGCGAGUCUCUCAGUGUAGUGCUACUUAGACACUGACUUCGCAGAAGCCUCAACAAUUGGCGUGACGUCUUGCAUAACAGUCGACUCCCACCCCGUUAGGGUUGCGCUGGUUCCCUCCUCUACGUGAGGGGCCCAGGUAAUCAAAUUCAAAUAUUAUAUGUGUUCUAGGCAGCUAUGGCGGCCUCUAUAAUGGUAAAAUGAAACGAAAGAGACCCUGGCAUUGGGACGUGCUUAGUACGGCGUUGGGAAUAAGAUGCCGCCCGGUGCCGAACUACAAGGGCCACGAUUAGUUGAUGACUAUUCG